CUCAUCCUUCCCUAUCCUACCAGGUACUUUAUCUGGCGACGUUGGCAAGCAGUGAACACCCCAUAGCCUAGUACAGACAGGCAUCACUCUGAUUGUAACCUCAUCCUCACAAGCCGUCAAGCAGACACCUCCAGCUGCCUCGUCUCUCCAAUGACCUCAUCCUGACAUACUGAACCGACAUGGCACCGUCGCCAACGAUACGCCGUCUCCUUAAAGAAACUGCCGAACUCUCCUCGCCCUCAUCAAAUCCCAACCCAGCCUUCUUCGCUGCGCCGGUCUCUGACGCAGACCUACACGAAUGGCACUUUACACUACUGGGCCCUCCUGAACCCUCGCCUUAUGCCGGAGGUCUGUACCACGGCCGCAUUACCCUCCCACCAACGUACCCGUUGAAACCUCCUAACUUCCGCUUCUUGACACCGUCCGGGCGCUUCGAAGUCAAUCGCGCAAUCUGCUUGAGCAUAUCGGGCUUUCACGAGGAAACAUGGAUGCCCGCGUGGGGAGUACGGACGGCCCUCACAGCGCUGCGGUCGUUCAUGGCCGAGAAGGGCUCGGCAGGACAGGUUGGCGGGCUAGAAGCUCCUGCCGAUGUGAGAAAGAGUAUGGCCAAGGAGAGUCGGUCUUGGAGAUGUGCGGAGUGCGGCAAGUCGAAUGAGAUGAUCAUGCGCGAGUGGUGGGACGUCUGUCAUGAAGCAGGACUGAAUGUUCAGGAGGAAGAUCUUGGGUUGGAGACGUUACCUGAGGGCAUGACCUUGGAGGCGAGAGAUGCUGAUGGGAAGAAAGCAGACGACAAGGAGGGAGCGUCGGAGACACAGUCACAGUCACAGCAGGACGAUCCAGCACCGGCGCCGUCAAUACCGAAGCAAGAGGCACCGUUGGCACCAAGCAAUACCUCCUCGACUCAUCAACAAAUACCACCCUCCUCGAUCCUGAGUCCACCACGGCAUGCGCCCGUCUCUCUCGUUCCCACGCCCUCCGCUGAGGCAGCUCAGGCCUCAGCUGAGUCUGUCCUCACACCAGCUGACCUGUCCCUUCCACCUGGCACAACAAAUCCCGCCCCAAGAUCCUCAAGGAUGUCCAGCAUACACGCCCCUCCAAUUGCUGCAGCGAAUGCGGCUAUCACAAAUUCUGCGUCGCCUUUGACUCUCCAGCGCGUUCGCGAUCGCGAGCCCACCAUCACCAUUGACCGUGCCAUUGCCGGAGUCUUUCUGGCUCUUUGUCUAAUGGUGCUCAAGAAGAUCUUCUAUGCUGGUCCGGGUCAAGGAGGAGGAGUCGACGACUUCUAUCUACAGCGAGAGUGAUUGUCGACGGCACAAACUGUGUACACAAUAUCCGUAUGUUACGACACACUGCCCUCUGGCCCUGGCCCGAACGCAGGCGGCUGAUAGUACAUUCGUCCCACAGGUCA